AAGAGCAAUGUGGAAUGCUCAGUCUCCAUCCCUGUGCUACAUCAGAAUGGAGACUGCAUCCUGGGAUAAGGCAGUUUUCUAAACUUGUUCCGCGGGGAGGAGGGGAGUACUCUAGAAAAGAGCAAUAUGUUCUGUACCUAUUCCUGAGUGCAUACACACACAUACACAGACAGACACAAAACCAGAGAACAAUCAGGCUUAGUCCUGCCUUUUGCUUGUCCUGUGAGGAAGUGGGGACAGCCUCCACAUACCUACUCCCAUCUACUUCCUAAGGCAGAGAAUACCUACAACUUUGUCCCUCUUAGGAAAAGAGGACCCAGAGGAAGAGCCUAAACCCGUGGUUAUCAAACUUUAGCAUGUAUCAGAAUCACCUGGGUUGCUGUCCCACCCCUAAAAUUUCUGAUUCAGUAGAUCAGAGGUGGGCCUGAUAAUCUGCAUUUCUUACAAGUUCCUGGGUGAUGCAGCUGGUCCUGGGAUGACAUUUUGGAAAUCGUUGGCCUAGACCAUGAUCCUUGCUAUCACUUUUCUGAAGCCACGCCUCCUAAUUCUUCAUCUCCAGCAAAAUAAUAGAAAGGAAAGUCUUGGUUGAUGGGAAAAGGUCUCCCUUAAACUCCAUGAAGUAGAGAUUAUGGGUGAAGAACUGUCAAAGUCAGGAGUCAAGGGGCUGUGAGAGGGUGGAAUGAUGACAGGAAGAGAAAAAGAAAAAUGGCCAAGGAAGAGGAGUACAGAAAUGCAGGACAGGGAGAACAAACAAAUAUCAUAUCCCUUGGCACCCGAGAGGAAAGGCUCAACCCAUAGGAUAUUUCCUUGUUGGGUCACCUGAUAUAGGGAAGAGGUAGAAGAGAUUGUGGGAUGGAUUCAGGAUUUCACCUCUGCUGAGGCAUGAGGGUUAAGGGAUAGGAGGUAAAAGCCACAGUGAGUCUGGUUUCUGAAGUCUGUUCCCUUAGUUAUAUUUUCCGAAUUUCUUCUCUUCACCUCAGCCCCAACUUUGAAGCCCUGCCCCUCUCUCACUUAGGCUCCUCUCUCAUCAGGCUUGUAGUGACUAGUGCUGAGUUGACCCUUUGGCCCCAGUCAGAAACUCUCGCAGGCUCUUACUCUUGAUUACAUCAGCUGAGAGGGAUGGGCAGGAAGGAAUUGAUGUCUCCCAGACCAGUGGCCUCAGUAGCCCAGACAAAGAGAAGAUGGGGUUUCUGGGGGCAGCAGUUUGUGGCCCUGAGGAGGAAGGAGGGGUGAUUGUGCACCUAGGAAGAAUGUGUUGCCAGUGAUCAAAGAAAGGAGGGACUCCAGGCUGAAGAUGGAAACAUCGAAUAUAAACUGAAGCUGGUGAAUCCAUCCCAGUACCGCUUUGAGCACCUGGUGACACAGAUGAAGUGGCGGCUCCAAGAGGGCCGUGGUGAGGCUGUCUACCAGAUUGGGGUGGAGGACAAUGGGCUGCUGGUGGGGCUGGCUGAGGAGGAGAUGCGUGCCUCCCUCAAGACCCUGCACCGGAUGGCGGAGAAGGUUGGGGCAGACAUCACUGUGAUCCGGGAGCGAGAAGUGGAUUAUGAUAGUGACAUGCCUCGCAAGAUCACUGAGGUGCUGGUACGAAAGGUCCCUGACAAUCAACAGUUCCUGGACCUUCGUGUGGCCGUCCUGGGGAAUGUGGACUCAGGGAAGUCGACUCUGCUUGGAGUCCUGACCCAGGGAGAGCUGGACAAUGGGCGAGGCCGGGCGAGGCUCAACCUUUUCCGCCACCUGCAUGAGAUUCAGUCCGGUCGAACCUCCAGCAUCAGCUUCGAGAUCUUGGGCUUUAACAGCAAGGGAGAGGUGGUGAAUUACAGUGACUCACGGACGGCAGAAGAGAUCUGUGAGAGCAGCUCCAAGAUGAUCACCUUCAUCGACCUGGCAGGCCACCACAAGUACCUACACACCACCAUCUUUGGCCUCACCUCUUACUGCCCGGACUGUGCCCUGCUCCUCGUCAGUGCUAACACUGGGAUUGCUGGCACCACAAGGGAACAUCUGGGGCUGGCCCUGGCCCUGAAAGUGCCCUUCUUCGUCGUGGUUAGCAAGGUGGACCUGUGUGCCAAGACCACAGUGGAGAGGACAGUACGCCAGCUAGAGCGGGUCCUCAAGCAGCCUGGAUGCCACAAGGUCCCCAUGCUGGUCACCUCAGAGGAUGAUGCUGUCACUGCUGCCCAGCAGUUUGCCCAGUCACCCAAUGUCACCCCUAUCUUCACACUAUCCAGCGUGUCUGGAGAGAGUCUGGACCUGCUCAAAGUCUUUCUGAAUAUCCUGCCACCACUCACCAACAGCAAAGAGCAGGAGGAACUCAUGCAGCAGCUGACAGAGUUCCAGGUGGAUGAAAUCUACACAGUACCAGAGGUGGGGACAGUUGUUGGAGGGACACUUUCCAGUGGGAUUUGCCGUGAGGGCGACCAGCUGGUGGUGGGCCCCACGGACGAUGGCUGCUUCUUGGAGCUGAGAGUAUGCAGCAUCCAGCGCAACCGCUCUGCCUGUCGUGUGCUGCGAGCUGGUCAGGCUGCUACAUUGGCCCUCGGGGACUUUGACCGUGCGCUCCUUCGCAAGGGCAUGGUGAUGGUGAGCCCCGAGAUGAAUCCCACCAUCUGCUCAGUGUUCGAGGCAGAAAUAGUCCUACUGUUCCAUGCCACCACAUUCCGGCGAGGCUUCCAGGUGACAGUACAUGUGGGCAACGUCCGUCAAACGGCGGUGGUGGAAAAGAUUCAUGCCAAGGAUAAGCUGCGGACAGGGGAGAAGGCGGUGGUACGUUUCCGCUUCCUGAAACACCCAGAGUACCUGAAGGUGGGCGCCAAGCUGCUGUUCCGGGAGGGUGUCACCAAGGGCAUCGGCCAUGUCACUGAUGUGCAAGCCAUUGCAGCAGGAGAGGCCCAGGCCAAUGUGGGCUUCUAAACUCCUCCAGGCAGGCACGGCUCUAUUGCUCUCCCUACAAUAUAUAAGGUGACUCUGGCCAUGCUGCCCUCUGUUGGCAGCUCUGUGUGUUAAUAGGCUAGGGAGAGGGGUGCUCUCUGCCACUUGCUCCCUGCCACCAAUCUGGAGAGGUGCCGAGCUUGGUAUGGCCAGGGAGGGGCAGCCCUGAGGGAGAAGACAGACUUCAGGGCAGUGUUCAGCAGCUGUGUCCACCUGGUGGGCUCAUCAACCCCAUGGCCCGUCUACUGGAGGGAGCUGACAGCUGCCAUCUUGGCCCCACUGUCAGGACUGGGCAUGAUUCACCGGUGUGGUCCCCGCACUUCAGGAAUUGUCACAACAACUGGGGGUGGUCCUCAAAAGCACUCCUUUUUCUAUACCUCUUCUCAAGACCAUGUAUAUUGCCCAUCUCUACCGGACUGUGGACAAAAGACACCUCCCGGCCAUCUGGUGGCCCAGGGUCUGAAGAAAUGGCACAGGGACAGUAAAUGGCAGUGCUCCCAUCCUGUGUUGAGACAUGAGGCCUGCUCCUCAGCUUUUAUCUCUUCCUUUCUUCACUCAAGGGCCAUUUCCAAUUUCUCUCACAGGCCCCACAGGUGCUAUUUGUUGUGCUGGCCCAGGUGUGGGGCCGCCAAGCCAAGGCUUGGCAUACUGAAGGUCAGCUGCAUGUCAAUCAGUUUUGUUCCCUCCUCUGCAGUGAUCUGUUGAUUUUAAUGCUGAACCAAACAGUAUGUUUUACUUUCCUAGACUGACCCACACUUCCCAUUCCUGCCACCUUCACCCUGCUUCCUGCUCCUACACAAGUUCUCUCUUGUUUUAGUAAUUUGCAGUGACCAUCCCUUUCCCUCUGUUGCCGGGAACCUGGAGGAAAGGGAAAGAUAUUGCCAUAUGUCCUACUCUUUAGGGCAUGGACCCCCUCCUUUCCCUUUGUUAGUGUCCUGGGCUCCCAUGGACUCAGGGAUUUGUUGGUUGAGGUUUCUCUGCAUAUAUAUAUUAUAAAUAUAUAUUUAAAUACACAUAUAUAUUGUACAGAAUAAAAAUGUUUUAUUGAACACACUGUGCUUAUGCUUAAGACACAGGCUCAGCUUCCAGAGCUAGAUUUCUCUCCAGACUUACAAACAAGUGAAACGCUAACAUUGCUGAACCCUGAAUGGAGGAAAAACCCAUCUGGUAUCUCAUUCGCCAUUUUUCCUUUCCCUCUCCCUGACCAUGUGAUCAGUGUUGCAGUAUUGUGACCAGGUGUUCUGGCCUGUUCUGCAUAGUUCUUUGAGCAGAAUAGAAAGUGAAACCAUCGCCUUUUCAACUGAGACUGGUAACCACCCCAUACUUGAGUUGAAUUUAGAGACAUGGUAAUCUGUUCCCUCAUGUUUUUCCUUCCAAUGCAAAAUAGCCUGAAAUGAGGUUUAUAAAGCCUAAGCUGUCGUCUUGGAGCUACAGGGGCCACCUGGCCAAACCUUAGUCCCUUCUUCUUGUUUCUGUGUUCAGAUUACCUAACUCAAAUUUUCUGGAUAAAUAGGGCCCAAUGUUAAAGUCAACUACAAAAAGCAGGGACUGCAUUUUGACUACUGAUCUUUGCAAAAGAAAUUUAAUGAUAAACGUGGCCUGAGGUGACAAGGGGCAUUCUGCCUCCAGGGUAUUAAAAUGAUAGCUUCCCUGCCACUCUAGCUCAGCUGCUUUUUAAAAUAUCACUGGUUUAACUUGCUACUAAGAAGCCUAUGGUUGAAGAACUUCCUCCUGUGUUGAGAACUAAGCUGUUUACUUCCUUCUCACAGUUGCUGAGCUAUGAGGAAAGGUUACAUUCAGCAAAAAUAUGUUUUGUUUUUGUUUUGGGGAGGUAACAGUUAUGCUCAGAUACUGAUUUCUGUCUUUGCCAGCAAUUUACUUAGCACAGAUUCACUGUGGAAAUUAUAAUUCAUGAGCCAAUAGCAUACAGGAUAAUAUCUCAAUAAUCCAAAUAAAGAAAUAACAUUCCAAACAAA